AGGCAAACGCCAAAAGGAAAUACAAAACCUCCAGCGGCUUUGCUCCUCAUCAUCUUCAUCAUCCAACUCAAAAAUCCACCUAGCUUUGCUCACCUCUCCCUCUCCCUCUCCCUCUCUAUAGUCAGUUUACGUACGAAAGACAGGCAUGUCCCGCAAAGGAGGAGGAAGUGCUUCUUCACUCCCGAAGGACGUGCCUUGGAGGGCCUCAAACAUCAAACCCAUCCCCAAAAUUCACCAUUCCCCUCUUCUCCGCAUAGCCCCCAACCCUACUUCCAACUAUGCCCUCUCCGUCAUGAAGCACCCGAAUCCAGUCGGAAGUGGGUUGGCCAUGGAAGCUAUAUUGGAAUCCGCAGGACCGGAUUGCAUUGUCCCUGGACAAGUUGCACCCAUCAAAUUACUUGGUCUCAAGGUAUGGCCAUUUGAAGUUAACUUCAAAUUUUUGGAACCAGUCGGGCGAGAGCUCAAGCAGCUUGGAAAGUUCAUGGAUGAUGCCGUCAAUCUCAUGAAUAAAUCAUUUAUAGAUCGCUAGUGCAUCGGUUUCAUGUUGUCAAAGAGGAUAGGGUAAUUGCAGUCAGCGGAAGCCUAGCCAGGAAGAAUGACUUAUUAUGAGGUCUCCACUUGUGUUGUCUUUGGUUGUGCUGCGGUUGAGGCAUACGUAGUAGUUAGUAUCUAUAGAUCAGAAGCGGGAGGUUUCUUAUUUUGUAUUGUGACAUUAAUACUUGAAUUUGAAUAAUAUGAGGCUUGGAGUAAUGCUAGUUAUAUUUGAAAUCUUUGUCUUCACUGUA